UUUAUAUUUGAUCUUUUAUUUUACACGCAUACAAAUUUUCAAAUCAUCUUAUAACACAAGAAACGUUUUAUUUUCGUAUCGCACUGUACAUUUGGUAAAUGAAAACUUUUCUUAAAUAUUAAUUUCAACGAAACGACAAAUCUUAAUAAAAUUUGAAUGAUCUUAAGAUUGUUAUAUUCUGUCAUUCCUCACACACAAGAAAACAAAAUGAAAUUUAUUUGACACUUAUUAUUUGACACUAAUUUAAGAAUAAGUUAAUUAUAAGUACGUAAUGAAAAUCUGCUUGAAGCAAAGUUGUCUAACAUGACGACCAUAAAAAGUACCCUCAAGUCGACUCUGUUCGCUAAUUCAGAAACAGGAGGAGGGAGUACCUUAUCAAGACCCCACCCGUAACAAUUCUUUUUUCCUAACCUCUCGCGCAGAAUCACGCGUGGGUGCUUAUACGUCAUUGAAACUUAAAACGCAUCUUUCUUAGUAAGACGAUAUAAAAAUACUGAUUUUAUUUUGUUUUCUUUUUCUUUUUCUUUGUUUUUUUGUUUUUUUUCUUUUUCUUCCAUAGGAUGAAUAAACUUUCUUCGAAUUGUUUAUAUUCAUAGGAGUGUUCUCUCUUUACUUGCUUAUAUGACGUUUGAUAUAUUUACAUAUAUAUAUGUAUAAUUUAAAGGUUUUUUGGGUAAAAUUUAUAUCAAAUUUUAUAGAUUACGUUUCCCUUAAUAUAAGGAUGUGAUCAAACGAUUAAAAAAAAGUACAUGAAUGAACGAUCAAUUCAAUAAAUUGUGAUAAUAAUUAAUUAUAUUGACUGAAGAUUUUGUUUACCACAAAAGUAUUAUGGCUGAAGGAAAUAAUAUAGUUCUUGAAGAUGAUAAAAAGUACCAUUUGGAAGAAAAUCAAAGGAUCAUCGACAGGGCUCCAUUCAAACAUUUGAAAAUUGACAAUGCACAAAUUUUAGAUACAGUUGAGGGUAGAAAAAUAUGUGCAAAUUGUUAUAGGUCGAGAAAAUUCUUUUGUUAUACCUGUUUUACACCUAUGAUCGAUGAGAAAUAUUUUCCACGUUUAAGGUUACCUGUAAAAAUAGAUAUUAUCAAACAUCCUCGAGAAAUAGAAGGGAAAAGUACAGCUGUCCAUGCUGCUGUAUUAGCUCCUGAAGAUGUAAGGAUAUAUAUUUAUCCAGAUUUUCCUGAAAUGGUAAAAAACGAAGAGACUGUUCUCAUUUUUCCUAGCAAAACUGCUGUAAGUAUCGAUAACUUUCUUAUUAAUGAAGUUAAACAAGAUGGGAAAAGGAUCUUAGAAAGAAUCGAAAGGAAUGAAUAUCCAAUAAAGAGAGCAAUUUUUAUCGAUAGUACAUGGCAUCAAACAAAGUCAAUAUAUAAAGAUCAACGAUUUCGAGAUUUAAGAUGUAUCAUUUUAAAAUCAAGAAUGUCACAAUUCUGGCGACACCAAAAGAAAAGUCCAAGAUGGUAUUUGGCAACGAUAGAAGCUAUUCAUCAAUUUUUAGUAGAACUUCAUACAUGUGCCUUUGAUAUAGCUGAAUGUACAUAUAGAGAAGAGAAUAAGGAUAAUUUGCAAAUUGAAGAAUUAAAUACAUCUAAUAUAUCAAAUUCUAAUCAAAAAUAUGAUGGCCGAUACGAUAAUCUUUUAUACUUCUUUAAAUAUAUGUACGAAAAGAUACACACUAUAUAUGAUCAUGAAAAAUUAUUGGCAUAUAAAAGACCUCUAGUAUAAAUAAAUACA